AUGAAGAACACAUGGACACUUCUCUCAGUCCUCUAUCUCCUCACCUCGUCUCUCCCCGAAAACGCACUCGCCCACCCAACCCCAGCCGCCGAUAUCGAGAUCCCUCAAAUCAUCCCUCACCCCGAUCUUCCAAGCCUAAAGUCACUCGGCCUCACAUCCGCGGGUCUCUACGGUCUAUCCAGUGCCAACCACACCGCCCAUACAGCGCACCAACUACAGUCGCGCUUCCAAAUAACCUGCGAAGACCUCGACUGGCCCGACGGCUACGCUGCCGACAACGACCGUGGCGAUAACGGGCGUGCCAAUAUGCUUGAUGCGCAGGCAUGCUUGAAUUACCUCUCUAAAACAGGCAGCGCACCCUGCACGGUGUCCUUCAUGUACUCAGCUGUUAUUUGGUGUCGCGCUGGCACAGCAACUGUGGGCGGGACACAUGCGUCGGGGGUUACUCGGACUGUGAUUUCUACAUGGGAUGUAGCGAUCGGUGGGCAGGAGAUUAUUGACCAGUGUAACUGGCCCAGAGGGGUCGCUGGAGCCAACGCCGCGAAUGGGAAUGGAGGUUUAAUCGUCAAAAUUGAGAAGUUCAAUGAAACCUUAAAGCCAAUAGGUCCAAUACAUCAUUGA